CUAAUCGCCCGGAUGUACUAACUUCCGAAGUUCAAGUACAAAAUGAUUUCACUUAUAGUUCGUUUUUUUUUUAUAAAUUCAGUCGUAAGUAAACAGGGGAUAAAAUGUUUCUCGUUUUCUUGUUAAUUUUCUUCAUUGGAAAUGGCAUCCACCAAACAGACGGACAAUCGGAUAAUUUCUUCUCGUCUUGGAAAGAGCCCCCAAUUAACUCCGGCAUAGGUGAAGGCAAUGCUACAGUUACACUUCGUGAAAAUAGCCAAGCUGGAACAAGUACGGGGAUAAAACUGCAAGUACUUGGCGGAACAGGAAAAAUCAGUUACAUUCUACAGCAACCUAACCCGUUGCAUUUCAGUGUCGGUGGGGCAAAUAAAGACGAAAUAACAACCGUACAACCAAUUGAUUUUGAAAAGCUGGACAGAAUAACAGUUACAGUAAUAGCUUUCGACGAAGGUAUUCCGCAGAAAACAGGAAGCGCUAUCAUGACGAUUUUCAUUGGUGACGUGAACGAACAUGCCCCUACAUUUCUACAGGAAGUGUACGAAGUCACAAUAUCCCCUUUGUCUGAUAUAGGUAUACCAUUCGCUAUGGUUCAUGCAGCAGAUGAAGAUGGUUCUCCUCCUAACAACAAGGUGGUAUAUUCAAUUGAAGGCGGAAACACAAACGGUGCGUUUAUGGUUGACUCAAUAACUGGUAACAUUGCAAUGGCGAAGCAACUUGAUGGAUACGAUAUCAUGCCGCAGUAUGAACUAAUCAUUCUUGGCGUUGACGGAGGUACCGACCCUUCUCCGUUGACAGGAACAACCACAAUGCUUGUAAAAAUCAUCGAUGUCGAAACGUUUUCGUCAUGGAAACAGCCACCAGUUAACAGCGGUAUAGGGUCUGGUACUGCUUCAUUGAAAGUAAAAGAAAAUUCAGAAAAGGGAACCAUUACAAAUAUCAAAUUACGAGUCCUUGGUGGCAACGGAAACAUCACCUAUAAAAUAAAGAGUGAACAGAAAACCUUUUCGAUUGGAGGGCCAAACGGUAAUGCGCUUAUUGUAGAGGAACCAAUAGAUUUUGAAGUCGUUUCCAGCAUUUCUAUUUUAGUCGAAGCUAAAGACAAUAGUAGUACGGCAAAAACAGGAAGAGUGAAUAUGACAAUUUUGAUUGAAGAUAUCAACGAUAAUGCACCCGUCUUCGAAAAAUCUAAUUACAAAGAGGUCGUUUCCGACUCCAGCCCAAUAGGAUUCAUACUUGUUACUGUGAAAGCAACAGACAGCGAUGGCACAGCCCCCAACAAUGAAGUUAUUUAUACAUUUGCUGAUGACAACACUCAUGACGAAUUCACCAUUGAUUCAUCAACUGGAGUUCUUUCAUUGGCCAAACACUUGAAAGAAACAUCAACAUCAUCAUAUGAACUCAUGGUCAUUGCUACUGAUGGUGGAGUUAACCCCGGUCCAUUGACAGGUUCAACAAUGGUUUCAAUCUCUGUAGAUAAAGACCCUACCACCAUGACAAGUGCUGGAACCUCAACAACUACCCAGUUAAACACACCAAUGCCAGGCGGAACAGGCAUGCUGGCACCAUGCUUGUUUACCAUUCUUUUACAUGUUUCUCUAUUGAUUGUUUAUUAGCGGGAUGGGAUUUCAUAUUUUCAACUUACCUUAUAUAGAUUGUUGUCUUCCACUGUAAGAAAUACUGAACAAAAUACAGUGAAAGGUGUUAAUCAAUGAUGGCUCAAUUCUGUAAACAUUCUAAAAAGGUAUCAAUAGAUAAUGUGGUGAUUUAGGGAAUGUCAAUUAGGAAAUUAAUUUGCUAAAAUGCGGUGUCAUGCAUAUGAUGGGUUCUUUUUCAUUCAUCUUAGUAAACAUAAUAAUUUUUGACUGGCUACUUAUGGUAUUCGCGAGUUUAUUUAUGUUUUACUAUCUUUGCUAUUCCUUCAAUAGUAUUUUGUAUUCUAGAUUGGAAUCCCAAUCAUUUUAUUGUUCUGUUUUGUUUGUUUGUUUAUGUAUGGAGUUUGUAGAAGUUAUUUUUUGAAUACAAGUUAAGGGGAUUGAAUGCACUUAAAAUGUUCAUGGUACAGAAACUACACAUGUAAGCAGAUAUUCAUAUUUUAUGAAUAAUUUAAAAUGGUACAAGAAUAAACCAUCUCUUUCGGUUUCAG